GGGUUGGGCUUUGGCGGGCUUCGGCGUGGUUCUGCUCAGGUUGAGAAGGCAAAGCUCUGUCUUGAUGAUCCUUCUCACUGGGUCUCAGGGGUGCAGCUUUUGAACUCGUUAGACAUGGAGGCGCUUUGUGAGGGGCCCCCUUGGCAGCAGCCGCAGCUGCAGCAGCAGAGCCUGCAGCUGCUGCUGCUGAAGGCCAAGCUGCUGCACCGCUUGCAUGCAGCCAAUGAGCCGCAGCAGCACCCAGGGCUAACUAGAGAAGAGCUGGCGACAGAAGCAGAGUCUGUCCUGAGGACAGUUUUGCUGCUGCAGCCGCUUUAUGCCCCUGCGUGGCUGUGCUGGGGAAAGCUGCACGACACAUUGUUUUUGUCAGCUUUGAAGCAGCGCCACCAGCAGCAGCAGCUGCUGCUGCAGCAGCAGCAACAGAAAAUGCACAAGCAGCAGGUCCUGCAGCAGCAACAAAUUCACCAAGACGCCCCCCCCAAUGCCGACGGAAGCGCGAACCCCCCACACGCCAGCAGUAGCAGCAGCAGCGGCGACAGCGCUGCAGCAGAAACCUCUGCAGCAGACUGGGCAGCGUUGCAGCUCCACCUUGCAGCAGCGGUGACUGGCUACGUCAUGGAUAUACAACUCAGGCCAGUGAAGAGCUCACUGUAUAUGUCGCGUGUGUUGUGGCUGCUUUCUUACGACGGCGACACGCGGCCGCCCACACAAACAGCAGCAGCAGCAGCAACAGCAGCAGCAGCAGGAGCAGCUCCGCUAGACCCGGCAGCAGCAGUUGCAGCAGCUGCCGCCGGCGUCCCCGUCGAUGGCACAGCAGACCCAACAGCAGCAGCAGCUGCUGCUGCUGCUUCUGCUAGAAUGAUGCCACCUGGGGCCCCAGGCGACAGCCCGCACUCCCCUGAAGCUGCAGCAGCAGGUUCUGCUGCGGCUCCUGCAGCAGGGUCUCCAGCAGCAGCAGCAGCAACUGCAGCAAGAGAGUCAUCACU